AUGGUGUGCAGGAGCUCGAGCGCUACAGGCGGCUUUGUUGACAAGAAUGGGUCGGACUGCAAGAAUGGUGGGAGCAGCGUGUUGCUCGAGUCGCACGGAACGGUGUAUGGGCCCGGUGGACAGGGUGUCUUCACGGACUCGAGCCUAGGCCUUGUGCUUUACUACCACUACGCCAAUACCAACGUUGGUCUCGGCGAUGGCGCAUAUCUCUUUGGAUGGAACAAGGUCAACUGGAGCAACGGGUGGCCCUCCGUGUAA